CGACGUACGACUGAAGUCGCUCACUUCUGUGAAUCAAUGCGCAUGCGUGGAACAUUCGGUCACUGGCGGUGUAGCUAACAGCUAAGCUACAACUCCAGCCAACAUGGAGAGGAAAGUUUUGGCUCUUCAGGCGAGGAAAAAGCGUGGUAAAGCCAAGAAGCCCUCCAAAAAGCAGCCAGCUAAUCCCAGAAGUCGUCAGCAACCCCAACAAGAAGCCUCGCCUCAGGAGCCUGAAGAACCUGAGGAGAUCCUUGGCUCUGAUGACGAAGAGCAGGAAGAUCCCAAUGAUUACUGCAAAGGGGGCUACCAUCAUGUAAAAGUAGGCGACCUGUACAAUGGGAAAUACCAUGUCAUCCGGAAACUGGGCUGGGGCCACUUCUCCACAGUGUGGCUUGCCUGGGACAUUCAGAUGAAGAGGUUUGUAGCAAUGAAGGUGGUAAAGAGUGCAGAGCACUACACAGAAACUGCUGUGGAUGAGAUCAAACUUCUCAAAUCUGUAAGAAACUCAGAUCCUAACGAUCCUAAAAGGGAGAUGGUGGUCCAAAUGUUGGAUGACUUCAAGAUUUCUGGUAUUAAUGGGACUCAUGUCUGCAUGGUCUUUGAGGUUUUGGGGCAUCACUUAUUAAAGUGGAUCAUUAAAUCCAAUUACCAGGGUUUGCCCCUACCUUGUGUGAAGAGCAUCAUUAGACAGGUUCUUCAUGGCCUUGACUACCUGCACACAAAGUGUGAGAUCAUCCACACGGACAUCAAGCCAGAGAAUAUCCUAAUGAGUGUCGAUGAGCCGUAUGUCCGGAAGCUGGCGGCAGAAGCUACAGAAUGGCAGCGGUCAGGAGCACCACCUCCCUCAGGCUCAGCAAUUAGUACUGCUCCUGCUCCAAAACAGACGGUCAAAAUGUCCAAAAACAAGAAGAAAAAGUUAAAAAAGAAGCAAAAGCGCCAGGCAGCAUUGCUAGAAAAGUGCAUCAUGGACCUGGAGGAGAUGGAAAAGACCACUGAGGCACGUGAGGAAGAUGACGAUGUUGAUGGAGAGCCGCUAUCUCCAAAGGGUCGAGCUUGUGCUCCUCUCAGACAGAUGUCCAUGCAAGAUGUGGGGAACGAAGAUACGGCGGAGAGCAAUGUGAAUGCAGAUGGGUGUUCUGAGUUGAACUGUAAUGGCCAUGUGGAGGUGGAGCAAAGAGCACCAUGUUGGAGGGAGGAGGACCAACAUAAUGGCAACACUGGUCCCUCAGAGCAGUGUGCCGUUCCGGAUAAAAAACACCAGGAAUUUCCUGUCCACUCUAUCUGCAAUGGUUUGUACCCUGCUGAUCUCAAGGAUCCAGACACUGACACUGAAAGUGCUCACUGCAGUGGGGUGAUGGGAGCAAGACACUUCUCAGCUGAGCUGGAGGAGGGUGAGCUAGAACUGAACGUUUUUCAGGAGGAGGGAGAAGAUGGGCCUGACUGUCAAUAUGAAAGCGAGGAAAGUCUGCGAAACGGCAAGUUAACAGCAGGAUCCCUGCUACUUAACCCCCUUGAGCCAAUCAACGCAGACAAGAUCAAGGUCAAGAUUGCAGACCUGGGAAAUGCCUGCUGGGUGCACAAGCACUUUACUGAAGACAUCCAGACACGGCAGUAUCGAUCAUUAGAGGUACUCAUCGGUGCUGGUUACAGCACACCGGCGGAUAUCUGGAGCACAGCCUGUAUGGCCUUUGAGCUUGCCACAGGAGACUACUUGUUCGAACCACAUUCUGGUGAAGAUUAUUCCAGGGAUGAAGACCACCUUGCUCUCAUGAUUGAGUUGCUUGGUAAAAUUCCUCGCCACUAUGCUCUGAGUGGGAAAUACUCACAGGAAUACUUCACAAAGAGAGACCAUAUAGCCCUGAUCAUUGAGCUGCUGGGGAGUGUCCCACGUAAACUCAUAAUGAACGGCAAAUAUUCCAAGGAUUUUUUCACCAAGAAAGGGGACCUGAAACACAUCACAAAGCUGAAGCCGUGGGGGCUGCUGGAGGUACUGGUGGACAAGUAUGAAUGGCCCCGGGAAGAAGCGGAGUGCUUCACCGACUUCUUACUUCCCAUGUUGGAGCUGAUCCCUGAGAAGAGAGCCACUGCUGCAGAUUGCCUGCGCCACCCCUGGCUAGCCCUCUAGUGGCGACCUCAGUAAUUGCACCUCUCUUCUCUUCCCUCUUCCUCUCUCUCUCUCUCUCUCCAGAGACUGCAACAGAUCACUUUCCAGUUUGGGCAUAUCAUAUGAAUAUUUAUUUCUUUUUGUUUUCUUAUGUUGUCAUUUUGGAGCUGACGCAUCUGUGUGUUUGCUUUGUAUUUGCUUGUUCCUUUCUCAGUGCGAUGGUGAUGUUACUUGGUCGGCUUCUACCGCUAUGCUCCUUGCACCCACACCACUGAGCAGACUUGUUAUCGUACUGCUAGUGACUCAUCCUUGUUUGUUACACUCCUGCACUAAAACCCCAAACUCAAGGAUAUGUAGCCAUGUCUCCAUAAAAGCCCCCCCAUACAGUUUCAUUAGUGCUGUUUUUUCUUAUUUUAAACCACGUUUUAUCUUCUAUUAAACAUGUAUGAUAGACCUUUAGUUAUUGUACAGAAAGCUUAGGAAAUUGCACAUGGGGCGUGUUGAGGCGUUAGAGUUUGCUGAUGCACAAACCUUCAUUCAGCAAAUGUCAUGUUGUGCAAUAGUUACAGUAGUAAUAGAUGCAUUUUGCAAAACCCUUUUAACCAAUAUUUAAUUGAAAACUGUGCAAAUAAGGUAAUUGACAAAUGGAACUUCAUUUUAUUUUUGUAUUUCAUACACAAGUCUUAUCUCUGUUGGUGAGCUAAUUGACUAGCAGCGUUGAUGCUCGUAUGCGGCUCUCCUAGUAUUGUUUGUACUGUAUUCCACUAAAUGUUAUUCUAAAGGAUCUGCCAAAUGACAUUGUCCACUGCUUCCAAACCUGAAAGAUUCAAUUGAUGUGAAAUCAAGACCUGACUGCUUUAGUCGUUAGACAAAAUCUGGAUUUGAAUGAGGUAACACAAAAUAAGUCAUUGAAAUGAGAAAGUGACAAUAACUGUAUAUUUGUACCAACAAGUCUGCCUUUAUAUGUACACCAGUUAUGUACAGUUUUUAACAAAUUUAGCUAAGUGAUUUAGCUGGGUAGCUAGCUGUGUUUGAAUAAAUGGGUGGAAGAUGUCUGUGCUUGCUUGUACAGUACAUGUACGUGGCCAACUCUUCAGUAAUAUCCCUCUUUUUGGGAGAGUGAAGAACUGGUCAUGUCAGUGUAGCCCAAAAGUAGUAGACAUGUGUGAUUGAAACGUCAACACGUUCUAGAAUAAAAUAGAUGUUGCAUACUGAACAAGUCACUGUGUCCAGUUUGCUUCUAGGCUGUUGUCGGUUUUGCGUGUGAAGGAUCUUAAAUGUGACGCUUGCAUUCUUCUUAAGGAAAACCUAACUAUUAGUUUGUUUGGAUAUUCGGUGGUAACAAUGGAAUGUUCUAUAAAGCAUCAUCCACGUCCUGCUGCUUGAGUUGAGGCCUGUUCUCUUCAGGGGUUUUCUGUGAAAUGAAAAGAUGUUUGUAUUAGAAAUAUGACAAGGACCUUUUCUUAUGAUUUAAUAUUCAAUCAAUCACCAAAGUUCUAUAAGGACUGCAAUGUAGACAUACUUUAGAGGAGGCCUUGCAUGUAUAGCAGUAUAUAGAUAUAAUAUCCACUGAAAACACAUGGCCUUUAUCUACUGUAGACAGCUGGCAGCCAGUGAGUGGUGGAAGCGUGGUGGUUUGGGGCUGUACGGGUGUUCCCAGCAUCGGGUAUCUGUGCGUGGUUCGCUGAGGUAAACAUGAAUCCAAUAUGUCCUGCGACAUUGUGAGGCAGAGCAUGAUCCUUUUGUGGGCUCGUACGUAAAACAUAACCAUGGCUGCAGGUCACAAUUGUGCCUCUGGGUUUGAAUGUCAGUUUGGACUCGUGUGUGGAGGACUUGUAUGUUUCCCCUGUGCUCUCCCCUCUUGGUUGUACGUGUUUCCCCCCCGCAGUCCAAAAUGUGGUAGGGAGAAAGGAUAAACCUACUCUACAUCUAAUGAAUGAACCUAUGUGGCAUCCCUGACAGAAGAGCUGGGAUAGACUCCAACCUACCUAUGACCCAGGAUCCAUACAUCCUUUUUCUAUGACGCUUAUCCUCACUAGGGAGGACCCGGGAUGGGUGAAGAAAAUAGAAGGAGGAGCUUCAUGUCUGUUUCAUUCUCUAAAUGUGCACUAACACGGAUUAUUUGACUUGUGCUUUCAGUUUAAAUGACUCCUACCUGCCCCUUCCAGCUCAAAGUCUUCUGGCAGCAGUUUGUCCUGGCGGUUACCAAGAGUGAAGGACAGAAAGGCUAAGAGUAGAGCAUCCAGGAUGCUGAUGAUGGCCAGGAUGUAGGCCCAGCGCACUGUGCAGUCCCCGAGACUGUACUUAUCAGUCCUCUGGCCACACAUCUGCUUCACCUCCGGGGCGUCCCAGCCAUCCGGGUAGAUCAUACAGCCCAUCACCAUCAAAACACCUGCAGGGAAAGAAGAGGAAGAAAAAGAAGGCACUGUGUUGCAGUAAUUACCCUGUGUGAACACUGAUGAUGAUAAAUGCUAGGGCGGGACUUUUGAGCCCCAGCUCCAGAAUAAGACCUAAAACGCCCCCAUAGAGUUAUGGUGCAGACGAGGAAUCCUCACCCAUGAUGUUGGCAAGAUGUGCUGUUAUGGAAGUUAUUUCAUGUUAAAUAACCUUUUUAGUGAGAGGUCUGACAGGUUCAUGCCAUUCCUACUAGUAUUAAAAAGUGGUUUCCUUGUACUUUAUAAUUCUUCAUCAUGCCAUCCCCCAGUUGUAUGAGGAGGUGCAGAUAUUUUGUUUAAGCCACACCAUAUCAUGUUACCUGGAACCAAAGCCCAUGGUGGAGGUGUCAGAAACGGAAACUGGAGACUUGCAACCUGAGAGGUUGAGUCACAUUCACCUCUCCACACACAGGAGUGUUACACGCUGACAUGAUUGCUGAUUCAAAUACGAUGGAGAUGCCAUGACCACUUCAAUUGCUACCCCAAUGUUGUAAUAUCCAGAGUAGAGCCACUAUAACAGCAUUACCAGUCGGAACUUCCUUAACUUUACUCGCGGCCAGCUGCAUCCAGGCACAGAUCUUGUAGACACUGCCGGCGUUGCAGAAGAAGAAGAGGCUGAAACAUACCAUGGUGCCGACUAUCAGGAGCAUGGACGUGCCCACGAAGAACAUGGCUGUGCGGAAGGCCGGAGACGAGAUGGAACCGAAGUCCAGCAGGCUUCCCCUGCAGAUGAGCUCCGUUGUGAGGGCGUUGCCGAUGCAGUAGUGGAAGAGACCGAAGUAUCCAGCCUGGGGGGUGUUGACGCUGUCCCCGAUCCAGAAAGGCUGAAUGAAGACCACCACCGUGAUGAUGACGAAGCAGAUGGUGAACACAGCCCACAUGACGCCUAUGGCCCGGGAGUUUCUCACGUAGUUGGUGUGGUAGAUUUCACAACUUUGUGUGUGACCAUGAAUGCAUUCUGACUAGGUUCUGACUAGUGAUUGGACGAGCACCAGGAUGGGCAUACAGGAUGCUAUUCAGUUGUCUCUCACACAGGUAAACAUGAAGGAAAAUAAGUAAUACUUUCCCAGAGCUAUUUGACAAAAAAUGAAUGAGAGAUCAAUUAAAAACAGCGGCAUGGGAACUUGUUUGUGCCACAGUAAACAAAUCAGGUAAGUUCACAGUAACUUACACAUACAUUUAUGUAAGUUUAUCUCCAAUACGGCACGCCAUGAAGCACACCACACUAACAGUGCCCCAAAAAGUGCUUGAAGCACCUUCUCGGAACGAUUGGAGUGCUUUUUGGGACGUGGCACACAUGUGCCGGAUA